AUGGCAGAAAGUAUUAAGGUAAACUCGGAAGUCGCUGUUGAGAGAACGGAAGAUCUUCCAUUGCCGAUUGUUCCAACAGAAGUUAUUUCGAGUGAAAACUUAAAAUAUUAUUUCUAUUCGUCACAUCCACUUGUUCAAGAAAUCGAAAAGAUCGUUUCUGAUUUUAGCGACGCUUACUAUUUGGACAAGCAACAGGUUCUUAUUGCCAUCAUCUUUAUUUUAAUCCUUUUCGUGGCGUUGGUAAUCACUUGUGUAGUUUGGAGGAUUUAUUCGCCAAUCAUCCAAGAUUUCGUAUAUAAGGAGAGGAAAAGAAGAAUGAAUUCAUUCAAGAAGUUUCUAAACAGAAAAAAAGUCCAGAAUCAUUUCAAAAAGAGUGGCGAAGGGACACGUCUUAACUCGGGAGAAAGCUCUUCCCAGCCUUCGAUUGUUACCGGAACUUCUCAAGGAAGUCAAAUCGAUCGACAGGCUGCUGCCGAUAUUGCAGCGCAAGCUGCUUUAAAGCGGAUGUACAAAAAUGAAACAACACAACAAGAUAAGAGCAAGAAACGUAUUCAAAUGAUCGCAAAACGAGAGUUAGAAGAAGAACGAAAGAAAAGGGAAGAAUUAGUUACUGCUGAAAUCCAAAAAGUAACAAUUGACGAAAGGGAAUUUGAACACUCAUCAGCUAUUGAACAAGUAUUCUAUACCUGCGAGCUUCUUGGAGACGAUUUUGUGAAGCCCAAAUCCGAGUUGAUGAAGGAUCUUCAGGCAUUCCUCAGCGAACAAGUUGAAACGGCUGAUGAAGACGAAGACAGAGUUAUUGCUGCGAUUCUCAUGAUUCAUUCAUUAAACAAGAAAUCUGUGAAAGAUAUCGCGAUUGAAACGAUUAGUAAAUAUUUGCAAAAUAUUCUUGAGCAUCCUGAUGAAGAAAAAUAUAGAUCGAUUCGCGCCGGGAAUAAAGCGUUCCAAGAAAGAGUUGCGAGUGCCGUCGGAGGCAUUGAACUUCUUAAAAGCGUCGGAUUUACCGAGAAAGAAAAUAAUGGAGAGACAUUCUACGUCUUCACAAGAGGUUCAGAUGCUCAUUUGUGUGAUGCUCUUGAAUCAUUACGAAAUGGACAAUCUGUUCCUAUCAAAGUGUCAAGAAAUCUUCAAAUUUACUUAACUGAUGGCAAUAAAAAGAUUAAAACACCUCAAUUGUCAAACGAUUUCUUCAACCUGACUGCUGAAGAAUUGAAAAAAGAACAGGCGCUCAGGGAACAAGAAACGGAAAAGCUUUUCUCGUUGAGAACCAAAGAGAUGCGAAUGAGGGAUGAACAAUUGAGAAAUUAUAAAUACAAGUAUACCCUGAUUCGCAUUCGAUGUCCCGGAAAUCUACUCAUACAGGGAGUAUUUAGUACAUAUGAGCCAUUUUCCGCUGUACGAGAAUUUGUGGCUUCAAUUCUUUCUGAUGCUGCUUCUGCUUGUGAAUAUUCAAUUGCUGAUGCUUCAAACCAGAUUCUUGAAGAUGAGACUCAAACUUUGGCUCAAAUCGGUCUUGCUCCUGCUGCAGUGCUCCAUCUUAAAAUGUCGCAAGUUCCUGAAGAUUCAAUUAUCGCUGAGCGUCAUGCGCAUCUCAUUAAACCCUUGGAAUGA